GUCUUUUCAUCAUUACUAUCCAUUCUGUGCCCUUUCUCUAUCUCGAACACUGCGGCGAAAGCAAAUGCCACCCAUAAUGGAUGGGCAAAGAAGAACCACCACUGCUAGCAUUCAUACACUAACCGGGGCAACAGAAGAACAGACUGCUUUACAGAUAUUCUGGGAAUGUUGGUCAUUGCAUUCGCCUAUGCUGGCACACGUCCAGGUUGAAAAUGUCUGUUUGGUGGACAGAAGCUUCUCUAGAAGGACUCAGAUGGGCACUCUUUACCUCACUGCUACUCACAGCAUCUUUGUAGGUACAGGAUCUGAGCUGUGGCUUCUGCACAGUUUGGUGUGUAAUGUGGUAAAGCAGAAGGCAUCUCAGAGUGGGUACCCCUUACAAAUCCUCUUCAAGAACUUUCAGAUCAUACAGUUUAUCAUUCCUCAAGAGAGUGACUGCCAUGAUAUCUACAUCUCACUCUCACGUCUUUCCAGACCAGAAAAAUAUGAGGAGUUGUAUUGUUUUUCUUUCCAUCCUAACGUUGACAACUCUGAACGGGUGCGCUCAUGGGAGUUUUUAGAUCUGAAAGCUGAGUACAAUCGAAUGGGACUUCCAAAUAAACAAUGGCAUGUCACCCCCAUCAACAGAGAGUACACAGUGUGUGAUACUUAUCCAGCCGAUCUGUUGGUGCCUCAGUCCGUCACUCUACCUGUCAUUUUGGGGAGCUCAAAGUUUCGCAGCAGAGGUCGAUUUCCCACGUUGUCGUACUACUGCAAGGAAAACCAUGCCACUAUAUGUCGGAGCAGUCAACCUCUCUCUGGCUUCAGUGCCCGCUGUCUGGAGGAUGAACAAAUGCUGCAGGCCAUCAUGAAGUCUAAUCCUGGGAGCCGGUUCAUGUAUGUUGUGGAUACUAGACCCAAGUUAAACGCAAUGGCAAACCGAGCAGCGGGCAAAGGCUAUGAAAAUGAGGACAACUACUGCAACAUCAAAUUCCAGUUCAUUGGCAUUGAAAACAUCCAUGUGAUGAGGAACAGUCAGCAGAAACUGAUAGACGUUUCUACACUACGUUCUCCAUCCAUGGCAGAAUUUCUCUUGGGUGUUGAAACUUCGGACUGGCUGAAACACAUCAAAACAAUCUUGGAUGCUGGAAUCUUUAUAUCCAAGGCUGUGGCAUUUGAGGGUGUCAGUGUGUUAGUUCAUUGUUCUGAUGGCUGGGAUAGAACGGCUCAGGUAUGCUCUGUGACCAGUGUACUUCUGGACCCUUACUACAGGACCAUCAAGGGACUAAUGGUGCUGAUUGAGAAAGACUGGGUUUCGUUUGGACACAAGUUUUCGCACAGAUACAGUCAUCUGGAUGGAGAAGCCAAAGAGGUGUCACCUGUUAUAGAUCAAUUCCUGGAAUGUGUGUGGCAGCUCAUGCAGCAGUUUCCAUCUUCAUUUGAGUACAAUGAGAAGUUUCUUAUUAGCAUCCACAACCACUUCUAUUCCUGUCAUUAUGGCAACUUCAUUUGUAACAGCCAAAAGGAGAGAAGAGAUCUGUGUAUACAGGAGAAAACGCAUUCCAUAUGGUCUCAUUUAUGGGAAAACAGACUGGACUUUAUGAACCCUCUCUUUAGACCCAAUCGAACCCAAACAGAGGGACUUUUGAGGCCCAGUACUGCCCCCUUCUGUUUCAAAUACUGGAAAGGUUUGUAUAAUCAGUUUGAUCGUGAGCUGCACCCACGUCAGUCUGAGCUGGAUUGCCUAAUGGCUAUAAAAGAGGAAACACAGCAACUUGAAGAAGAGCUGGCUCUCUAUGAGCAGAAACGUGCAAAAGCUCUCUACAUGAAAAAGGAUAUACUGGACAACAGGCAGAAACUUUGGGCUGCACCAUCAGAUAUAAACCGGGCUAGUUCACCUCAGGAAUACUUUGGUGGUUUUGAAGGUGCUACUCCAAAUGUUUUCGCCCUCCAUCAGAAGCAAAAUGCAGAGCUUCGCCUGUUUGCAGACAGACCAAAAAAUUCAGAGGCUGACAACAGUGAUCAAGAAUCAGGAGCUGCUGAUUUUAGCUGCCAUUCUUCUGGUGGGGAGUCUUUGCCGAGUGAGGACAGUGUGAAAGAUCCUGACUAUGAUGAGACUGGCUCCGGCAGAGGAUAAACGGAUACUGCUUCAAGAAGAGAAAGCUGUAUGAAAAGUGUGUAUGUGAUGAGAAGAAUGUGGGUAUUUCAGAUUAUGCAAAUAUAUUUGGCAAUGUGGACAUGUUUCCCAUGUACUAUAGAAGCAUGUCUUUCUGUCUGAAUGUGCAUUUUAUGUGGACUAUCAUAUAUGGAGGUCAAUGUUCUAUUACAUAAUAUACACAUGAUUUAUAUUCAUGAUUUACAAUUGGCUUGAGUUCUUUAA